AAAAUAUGGCGCACAAUACAUCCUCUGAUUCUGAUAAUGAAAUUAUCACAACACAGUCAAAGAGCUUUCCCCAUGGAAAAUCAAUACAUGAAGUUCUUGGAGGAGGAAAAGUGGCAGAUGUGUUAUUAUGGAAAGAUAGAAAUAUAUCAGCUGCAAUUUUGGUUGGGAUUACAGCUAUUUGGUUUUUGUUUGAGGUUGUUGAGUACAAUUUCGUGACACUUAUUUCUCACAUUUCCAUCACCACAAUGCUAGUACUCUACAUAUGGUCCACGGUUGCUGAUAUCUUUAAAUGGAAUGGUCCCAAGAUUCCGGAAACUAUUUUGAAAGAUUCUUUCUUUGAAGAUCUAGCUUUCAAUUUGCAGAGAAGAUUUUACCAGCUAUUACAAGUGCUCUUCCACAUUUCAUGUGGAACAGACCUACCACGGUUUCUUCUAAUUAUCAUCUCCCUCUAUAUUUUAUCAGAAAUUGGAAACUACUUCAGCUUUAUCAAUCUGCUAUACAUUGGUUCUAUCUGCAUCCAAACACUGCCAAUUGUAUAUGAUAGAUAUGAGGAAGAAAUUAGGAAUUUGGCUGAACAUAUCAUGAUAGAUAUUAGGAGGAAAUAUAGAAGGUUUCAGAAGACAUAUCUGAACAAAAUUCCCAGAGGACCGGUCAAGGAAAAGAAGAUCAAAUAAAAUUACAAUCCGACCAUACUUUAUAACUUUAUAAACUGGAUGAAAAAAUGUCAUGAUGAUUCUAUAGUGUUGUUAUAUAUCCAUAUAUGUAUAUAGAAAUUCCCUUAAGAAUAAUGUAAGAGACUAGGAUCACAACACUGUUGCAGUUUCCAAGAUCAACCAACAAUAACCAUAUUUAGUCCUCGUUUAUUUAAGUGUCCAGUUAAAGUGAAAAACAUUGAACUAGUUGCAGCUUCCCCAAGUACAAAAAUAAAUGUC